AAUUCCUUAUGGAUGGCCUAAGUUUAUUUUUUGAUUGGAAAAAAAAAAAAAAAAACCUUGACCAUUCAGAAGGAAUAGGACUACAUAGUCUUUAGGGCGUUGCAAAUGACAGUCUUUCCAAGGCGCUACCUGAAUUCCCCCCUCUCUCUCCCCUAAUCACCUGCAGUAUUAAAGAAUAGGACUAUAUAGACUAUAUAGUCUUCAUAGGAAAAAUAUACUACAAGAUCCAGUACUGAAGCUCUCAAUUCCUCUCUGAAGGAACAUAUCAUGAGGAUAUUCCCACGAAAUUUUGCUUCAUUAGCCAUUGGAAUAUUAUUCAUUUCCUUCACAACUUUAGCCUCUGCAGCCACUCUUCUUCCCCCUGAUGAAGUGGAAGCAUUGAAGGAAAUUGGGAAGACAUUGGGGAAGACUUGGGAUUUCGAUGUUGAUCCCUGUACUUUUUCCACCGAGAACCACCACCUAGAAAAUUUUGAGAAUACGGUCAACUGCACUUGCAAUGGCACCGUCUGCCACAUUACUCGCAUAGCAUUGAAAGCACAGGAUCUUGCGGGCACGCUCCCACCAGAAUUGGCGAGACUUACUCACCUCGAAGAUAUUGAUCUCACGCGCAACUACCUCAACGGUACAAUCCCUCGAGAAUGGGGUUCCAUGAUGAAACUUGUCGCCAUCAACCUCCUUGGAAACCGAUUAACGGGUCCUAUCCCAAAAGAUCUGGCAAACAUCAGCACGCUUGUAACUCUAAGCCUGGAGUUCAACCACUUGUCAGAACUCAUUCCUCCAGAGCUUGGGAGUCUUCCUCUCUUAGAGAAACUGCAUUUGACUUCAAACAAUUUUACCGGGGAGCUUCCGGAUACACUCGCAAACCUGGCCAAUUUGCAAGACUUUCGGAUCGGUAGCAACUACUUUACUGGAAAGAUACCAGAUUUCAUCCAAAACUGGAUAAAUCUCACCAGAUUAGAUAUUCAGGGUAGUGGUUUGGAUGGACCAAUUCCUCCUGGCAUUCAUCUUUUGACAAAAUUAUCUGACUUGAGAAUCAGUGAUUUAAAUGGUUCCCAAACACCUUUUCCCCCCCUUAACAAUUUGACAAGUCUGAAGAAUCUGUUUUUGAGGAGUUGCAAUAUUAAUGGAACGUUGCCAGAAUACCUUGGAACAAUGACAAACUUGGAGAUAUUAGACUUGAGCUUUAACAACCUGAGUGGGGAGAUUCCGAGCAAUUUCAGUAGUCUGUCAAAAAUAGAGAUGAUGUAUUUAACUGGGAACUUGCUAAGCGGACCUGUGCCUCCUUGGAUGCUUGAUACUUCAAAAAACAUUGAUCUUUCAUAUAACAACUUUGACUUGGGGUCCCCAAAUUGCCAACGGGGGAGAACGAACUUGUUUGGAAGCUCUUCAAAGGGUAAUUUUUCUGGAAAGGUCACCUGUUUGAGCUUGAGAGGCUUUCGCUGCAAUCAAAAAUGGUCUUCAUUCCACAUAAAUUGUGGUGGUAAAGACGUAUCUCUUGAUGGAAAUAAGUAUGAACGUGAUGAAGAUGAAAGUGGGCCUUCAAAUUUCUACCGAAGUACAACAACAAACUGGGAGUUUAGUAGCACUGGCAACUUCAUGGACGAUGAUCGCUCUCUAGAUCCUUUUAUUUCGACAAAUUCAUCAAGACUUUCUGUGAACAAUUCCGAGCUGUACAAUGAUGCACGAAUUUCGCCCAUAUCACUGACGUACUAUGGGUUCUGCCUAGUAAAGGGAAACUACAGUAUAACCCUUCACUUUGCAGAAAUUAUGUUCAAUGAUAGCAAAAGCUAUAGCAGCCUUGGAAGACGUAUAUUUGACAUUUACAUUCAGGGAAAGCUGGUGGAUAAGGAUUUUAACAUUGUGGAUGCAGCAGGAGGCAUUGGUAAGGGAAUCAAAAAACCAUAUGCUGCAAAUGUGACUGAUGAUGGUACACUGGAGAUCCGCUUGUAUUGGGCCGGAAAAGGGACAACUGGUCUCCCCGUUAGAGGAGUUUAUGGUCCUCUCAUUUCAGCUAUUUCUGUGGACAACCCUGAUUAUGAACCGCCAUCAAAAGGAAUAUCUGCAGGCGCUGUGGUUGGUAUCGUGGCUGCAGCAGCCUUUAUUAUCAUCCUGCUUCUUGGUAUUCUUUGGUGGAGAGGAUUUCUAAUCCGCAAAGACACAAUGGAUCAAGAUCUGAAGGGUCUAGACCUGCAGACUGGUUCAUUUACUUUGAGGCAAAUCAAAGCUGCCACAGAUAAUUUUGAUGAAGCUAAUAAGAUCGGGGAAGGCGGUUUUGGUUCAGUAUACAAGGGACUUCUAUUAGAUGGCACUGUAAUUGCUGUAAAGCAACUUUCUUCCAAAUCAAAGCAAGGAAAUCGAGAGUUUGUGAAUGAAAUAGGAAUGAUUUCUGCUCUGCAACACCCUCAUCUUGUAAAGCUGUAUGGAUGUUGUAUCGAGGGAAAUCAAUUGUUGCUGGUAUAUGAAUACAUGGAGAACAAUAGUCUUGCACGUGCUUUGUUUGGCCCAGAAGAAUGCCAGUUGCAAUUGGAUUGGCCGACAAGGUACAAGAUCUGCAUUGGCAUAGCUAGAGGUUUGGCUUAUCUCCAUGAAGAAUCAAGACUUAAAAUUGUCCAUAGAGAUAUCAAGGCCACUAAUGUGCUGCUUGAUAAAAAUCUUAACCCAAAGAUUUCUGAUUUUGGUCUGGCCAAACUUGAUGAAGAGGAUGAUACCCACAUCAGCACCAGAAUUGCUGGAACCUACGGAUAUAUGGCACCUGAGUAUGCAAUGCGUGGUUACUUGACUGACAAAGCAGACGUUUAUAGCUUUGGAAUAGUCGCAUUGGAGAUUGUCAGUGGGAGAAGCAACACAAGUUACAGGACAAAGGAGUACUGUUUAUAUCUUCUUGAUUGGGCACUUGUCUUGAAGCAGAAAGGCGAUUUGAUGGAGCUGGUGGAUCCUAAGUUGGGUUUAGACUUCAACAAAACAGAGAUCACAGUGAUGAUAAAUGUAGCUCUUCUGUGCGCCAACGUGUCACCAGCUGUUAGGCCUGCAAUGUCUUCAGUUGUCAGCAUGCUCGAAGGCAGAACAGUCCCCGAGACGUCAUCAGUUCCAGAUCCGGAUGCCUCCAAUGAGCAGAUGAAACUGAAGGGAAUGAUGAUUGAGCUUCAAAAAAGCCUUGAGACUGAUACAAGUGAAGGCCAAAUUCAGAUUGUGCCGACUGAUGGACCCUACACUGCUUCUUCUGCGUCUGCUGGUGAUCUCUACCCCUACACUGCUUCUUCUGCAUCUGCUGGUGAUCUCUACCCCCUCAACUGGGACUCCAAAGUUUUGGAAAACCGGUCUAUUAGAUAAGUGCCGGAUAUUGACAUUAUUGAUCUUUAUGUUUUCGUUUUCCUUUUACAAUUUGAUCGAUCGGUUUUAAGCUUUUUUAGGGGAUAUCAUUACAGCUUCCUAAUGCGCAAUGCUUCUGCAAAAUUGCACAAAUACUUGUGUUGCAACGUGCUUAAUGCUUUAAUGAUAUCUCUCAAAGAGCGAAAAACCACGCGAUCAAAUUGUAAACGCAAAGAGAAAAACAUGAAUGCACAAUGCUUCUGCAAAUUCUUGGUUUACACUUUCUCUUGCAUUAGUGAUUUAGCUUAAAUGAACCGAAAUUGCAAAUUCUUGGUUUACACUUUCUUGGUCCUUUUAGAGUUGAGCAUGUAAUAAUAUGUACUAUAUUUACAUCAUGGAUAUGACAGAGAUCAUAACUAUUAUUAUAGACUUUA